AUGUACCCUAUAAAUACUAAUCUUCCCAUAGAAUCCCUAACACACUUUUCGCAGCAAAAUCACUCGAAAAACCCUAAAAACAGAAUUCGAUCGUCAUCAUCUCCAGCAGUCGCCAUGGUCAAGUCUAAGAUCGAAUCCGUCGCUAAAGUCGAAGCAGCAAUUGUCUCAACGACGAAGCCAUCAAAGAAAAGUAAUGCGGAAGUUGAUGUGGAUAUCCAAAAGAAUCCCAAGAAGCACAAGAAAGAGAAGAAGGUACCAGCAAAGAAGACUAAGAAAGCCCUUGCCAAGAAACCUCUAUCUAAGAAGGAUGACUCAUCUUCCGAAGAUUCAUCUUCGGAUGAGGAGCCUGCCCCUGUGAAGAAGCAGCCAGCAACCCUUGAGAAAACCAAGAAAACUAAGGCAGAGAGCAGCUCAUCUGAAGAUGACUCUUCUUCUUCAGACGAGGAACCCGCCUCUCCGAAGAAGCAGCCAGAAGUUGUUAAGAAAGCCAAGGCAGAGAGCAGCUCAUCUGAGGAUGAAUCUUCUUCAGACGAGGAACCCGUCCCUGCAAAGAAGCAACCAACAACCAUUCCAAAGGCUGCCAAAGCAGAGAGCAGUUCAUCAUCUGAGGAUGAAUCUUCUUCUGACGAGGAAUCUGCUCCUCCAAAGAAGCAACCAGCAGUUGAUAAGAGUGUCAAGCCAGCUGCAGAAGAUUCAUCAUCCUCAGAGGAUGAUUCUGAUGAAGACUCAGAAGAUGAUUCUGAUGAAGACUCAGAAGAUGAAAAAAAACAGGAAGCUGCUACAAAGAAGCUACCAGCUGAGCAAGAUUCAGAUUCAUCAGAGGAAGAUUCCGAUGAUGAGGAAAGUGAUGAUGAUGAACCUCCUGCAAAGAAGGCUAAAGUUUCUCCAACGAAAACUUCUAAACAAGAAAGCAGCAGUGAGGAAUCUAGUGAGGAGGAGAGUGAAGAUGAGAAAGUAACUCCAAAGAAAAAGGAUACUGAUGUUGAAAUGGUGGAGGCAGAGCAGAAUCCAAUUGCAAAACAACCGAAGACGCCAAUCAAUAAGACACCAACCACUCAGGCUCGAGGAGGAUCAAACACACUAUUUGCUGGAAAUCUUUCCUUUCAAAUUGAAAAUUCUGACAUAGAGAAUUUCUUCAAAGAGGUUGGUGAUAUCGUCGGUAUCAGACUUGCUUCAGAACCAGAUGGCCGUCGUAAAGGAUACGGGCAUGUUGAGUUUGCUUCUGCAGAAGCAGCUCAGAAGGCAAUGAAACUGAUGAAUGGUAAACUAUUACUAGGCCGCAGUAUUCGGCUUGAUGAUGCUAACGCGAGGGAUUCUCCACGAAGCAGCAAUGCUGAAGGCAACUUCCAGAGCAACCGCAAAGGAGAAGGAAGCAAAGUUAAAACGAUCUAUGUUGCGAGAUUAGACAAGUCUGUGGCUGAAGAUGAAAUGAGAGGUGCUUUGAGAGAGCAUUUCAGUGAAUGUGGAGAGAUCACAAGGAUCUCUCUACCUUGUGACCAAGAGACUGGUGCUACCAGGGGGAUGGCUUAUCUAGAUUUGAAAGAGGAUGGAUACAACAAGGCAUUGGAACUAGACGGAAGUGAACUGGGAGGAAGGAACAUCUUGGUACUCGAGGCUAAACCAAGAGGACAUAAUGCUGAUGGAAAGAAUGAUGGUGGUGAUCGUUUCACAGCUACUAGACCCGGUCGUAGCCACCCUGGAAGAAGUCACCCUGGAAGAAGUCGCUUUGGUCGUGACCCCCCUAGAAGAGGUACUCCUGGUCGUGGCCCGGGUAGAGCACCCAGCAAACCAAGUGUACUUGCCUCAGCAGAAGGGAAGAAGACCGUCUUUGAUGAUUAG